ACCGAAUUGUUACAGCCAUUAAGUGACAAAGCAUGCUGCUCUUUCCAGGUGAAGAACAAGUUCCCAGUAGGUGUGGAUGAUAUUUCCUCAGAACACCAGAAGUUCAGCAGUCUGGCCACUGCUGAGUUUAUGAAACGCUCCUUUAAAGAUGAAAAAGGAGAAUACCUGAAAAAAUUGAUGGAAGACAUAGAUAUGUACUAUGUAUGCCUGCUGCAAGAGAAUGAGAUGGCAUCAGAGAGAAAGUGCAGAGAUCUGCUGAAGAAUCUGUUCUCUGUCAUGAAUAAACGGCUGCAGGAUGGAGAGUACAGUCAGUCUGGAGGAUAUGAACUCUACUGCAGAGACAGAGACGCCAUUGUUGAGCAGUACCGCAGAGAACCCAAUAAAGGUGUAUCGGCUGAGGCUGUGCUGAAUGAGUUUCUGAAGGAGCGAGGACCAGAAACAAACAGCAUCCUCUACAUGGACACAAAACUCACUGAAAAUGACAGAAAGAUUGAAGAGGAAAGGCAAAAGAAUGCUCUAAUGAAACAGAAGUUGAAAGAGGAAGAGGAGAAACGCAUUGAGAGUGAACGUAUGAUGCAGGCAGAGAAAGAGCGACAGAAGGACCAAAUGAGACAGAUGCAGGAGAAGUUCAACAAGGAGAAGGAGCAGCAGCAGCAGGAGAUGGACCGAGCCAUUGAGAGCAAGCUGAUGGAGCGGGAGGAGAUGCUAAAGAAAGACAUGAAGGAUAAAGCUGAUCUCCUGAAUGAAGAGAUAACAAAUCUAAAAAAAGAAAAGGAAAGUUCUGGUGGUUUUAUGAAGGAAUAUGUGAUGCCUGUUUUAGGAGCUGUGGCAGAAAUCCUUCCAACUUUCCUUAAUUAUAGAGUGUUGAUGAAAGGACUCAAAAAAGUAAAAUGACCUUUUCCAUGCAAAUCACUAUUGCAUCACAGAUUGAUUUAUUCAUAUAGCUUGCAAGACACAAAGUAUUUUUUAUUUUUUUUAGUAGGGUUGCAUUUUGUUUGUUAAAGAGUAGUGUUCAAAUUCACACAUUAAUGUACUGUAUACGGUGUGAUAAAAGUAUGUACUAUGUUGCUGGUGGUGGGAAAAUCCAUAGAUUUUAGCAUGUAGUAAGGCAUGCAAGUUUUUAGAAGAUCUGUUUCCCAUUCUGUUGCACUGCCUUUGUUUUGGUGUAAGCAUUGCAUUCUUUUUUAACAAUUUAAUGCA